AUGAGCAAUUCGAAGGUACCAAAUGAACCGCCAUUCAAGGCAUAUGUUGGUAAUCUACCAGAGGACACCGUACACGGGGACAUUGAACAAAUCUUGCGUAGUAUCGAACUAGCGGAUGAUGAAAUUCGCCUUUUUGAUGUCCGACUCGUUCGGGAUCGUGAAACAGAUAAUUUCAAAGGCUUUGCAUACAUCGAGUUCAAUACGCGCGAACAACUGGAAAAGAUGCUCACAUUGCACGGAGUGGACUUUGCCGGCCGAAAACUCAAGGUUGAUGUAGCCUCUCCCCCCAAAGCUCGAGAUGGCUUCGGUCCCGGACGAGGUGGAAGAGGAGGAUCUCGUGGGAAUGGAAAUAACCGAGGACGUGGUGGUGGGCAUGCUUCAGCCGAUGGUUGGCAAGUUGCCGGCCCAACCAGACACAAUCCUCGUGAUAAUCGGGGUGGACAUGGCGGCGGUCGACCACCAUACGACGAGCGUGGCUCGAAGGGAGAAUUUCAAGACAUCACAUUACCAGCCGGUGAAAAUCCAGCACGAAAGCGACUGGAGCUGAAGCCACGGACAACGGACCCAGCAGCACUUGCUGCAAAACAAAAAGCUGAAGAGGAAGAGGAAGCAAAGCGUAGAGCCAAAAUCUUUGGCGGUGAAGCAGCCCCUAAUGCA